AUGUCGAGCUUCAAUGGGCGCCGAGGGCCCAACUUCUCCCAGUACCUGGAGGAUCUGAACACCAUCCCGUCCCCGUACGACCAGUCCGUCCAGCAGAAUGAGCCGUUCAAUCUCGAUGCCGAGCUGGCGCUCUUCACGAAUGCCGAGUUCUUGGACUUUGGCCAAUUCGGCGACCUGAGCAUGCCCCUCACCUACGACCCCGCCGAGGACGAGAAGGCUCGACAGGAGAAUGCAGGCUCGGACAAGAACCAGAAUGUGAACUACAUGGAUCUUUUGAAUGCAGAUUUGAACAAUAUUCCCGACUACUCCUCCACGGACUUCAAUUCCACCAAUCCUCAGGCCAUGCAGAUGACUUCCACAUUUCAACCGGUGCCUCAGGUUCACAAUGGUGCCUUCAACGGCACCUCUCCGCUAGACAAGGCCACUCCCAUUCCCUCGCAGACCCCGGCAGCUUCGACUACGACUCCCACCACUCCUGUUGCCGGUCCCACUCCAGGCCGAACCGCUGGAACGAAGCGCAAGCAACCCCAUGAGGCCAAGACCCUCGACGAGGCCGCUCGUCUGGCAGCAGAGGAAGACAAGCGCCGACGGAACACGGCUGCCAGUGCUCGUUUCCGUAUCAAGAAGAAGCAGAGGGAGCAGGCCCUCGAACGCACCGUCAAGGAGGCGACCGAGAAGAAUGCUGCUCUGGAGGCGCGGGUCUCUCAGCUCGAGCUGGAGAAUCAGUGGCUCAAGAAUCUGAUCACGGAGAAGAACGGUGGGGACACGAGUGACGGGAAGAACGAGGCCGACAUCGCCCAGAUGUUCAAAAAGUUCCUGGCUACGCAGCAGGCUACGCAGCAGAAGUCCGAAGGCGAGCGGAAUUCGACCGAGUCCAAGAGCGGUGUUGCUACGACUGCGUCAAAUUAA